AUGAUUGGGUCUACGCUAGUUGUUCACCAGAGCGACCACAACCUCAAAAUGUCCUUCCGCGCAGUCGUUCGAGCAAGCCGUGCUUUUGGGGCUGUCUCGACACGCCCAGCGACGUACGCGGCAGUCUAUCCCAGACGCCAGAUUCAUUCCACCUCUGCGUCCAAAGCCUCGACCUCGCCGUUCACUGAGCCCACUUCACCUAACCCCACUGUGACGCUCUACUCAGAGACCACUGAGGCACUUCAUACAUACGGAUCCUACCUAACUCAAUGUCUGCCUAAAUUCAUCCAACAGUUCUCGGUCCUGAAGGAUGAACUGACCCUGUACAUCGCGCCUUCUGCGGUCAUUCCCGUCCUAACUUUCCUGCGCGACCACCAGCAAUGUCAGUUCAAACAAAUGAUGGAUAUCAGCGGUGUUGACUUCCCCGAGCGCGAGAAGAGGUUCGAAGUCGUGUACCACCUUCUCAGUGUCAAACACGCUGGCAGAAUCAGGGUCAAGACCUAUGCUGGAGAGGCAGACCCGGUUCCCAGCUCCGUCGAAGUGUUUAGGGGAUCCGACUGGUAUGAACGCGAAGCUUGGGAUCUUUUCGGCAUCUUUUUCGAAGGUCAUCCUGACCUCCGGCGCAUCCUGACUGAUUAUGGUUUUGAGGGCCACCCUUUGCGUAAAGAUUUCCCUUUAACUGGUUAUACUGAGGUUCGCUACGAUGAAGAGCGCAAACGUGUUGUCUACGAACCUCUCCAACUUACACAGGCAUUCCGCAAUUUCGAGUCGUUAUCGCCAUGGGAGCAAGUCGGAGAUGGCACAGCGGGUCGCCGCCCCGACAAUCUCAAACCCCUGCCUCCGCCGAAAUCAGAGGAGGUCAAGAAAUAG